AUGUCAAAACCGAGGCUCGUCAGCAACACCUCGAACGCUUCCAAUUCUUCCAACGUCUCAAAGAAUCCCAGCACAUCCAGGCAGGUUUCCGGUAGCGAGAAGUCUGAUUCUAAAUCAGCCACAAAAUCCCAGUUCUUUUCCCCGCUCAAAAUGAUGCUAGACGAAGUCGAUAAAGAAAUCCAACAUAUUAAGAUUAAUAUGUAUGCACAUCCUCCACGAAAAAGCACUGGGAAAUUGCAUUCUUUAAAAAAGGAUAUAUAUCCAAAUGAAAGCCCAAGCAAAGUCGAACAUUGGAGGAUGAGUAGGUGGGAAGAGGAGGAGUUGUUGAGGAAGAGAGACGUGGCAGGUGCGAGUGCUGAGAGUAGAGGUGAGUGUAAUCAUGUGACUUCAACGCGCAGGAGGGAAAAAUAUGGAGUUGUGAAUAAUAAAUGAGAGUGAUGAUCAUGGAUGCUGACGAUUGAUGAAAAUAGCAGGGGUAAGGAGAGUCUCACUCGGUAGCCGAGGAAUGUCAGAUAAACAAGAUCCUAAAGUUAGAUUUCUAAUCCCUGCCAGAAAGGGAAGCCCUACCCACCCAUCUCUAGAUAUCCAAGCAGCAUCUAUAAAGAGGGUAUUUGCAUGGCUGACGCAAUGUAAUCAAGCUAUGGAAGGACAAGAUCAAGAGGUAGACAAUGCGGAAGAAUGGGAGCGAGGGAAUAUGUCGGUUGUUUCACUUGAUGGUAUCGACUAUGAACGUCCUCAAAUGGAUGUGAAACUAUGGACUAGAGUGAAGGGAAGUCUGACUUCUAGUUUCAGUCGUUUGGGGAGGAGUUAUAGUAGUAGGAGAGGGAGUGAAACGAAAUCUACCGAGCCAACAUAUGGCAGGUCUGUAAUUGGCCAGCGUUCUGGGGAGUCAACAACGACCAAUAGAUUACCAUUCAUCGAUCCGCAUUCGAAGAAUGAGACAUCCAAUUCAAACAGCAAGGCUGUGUUGAAGGGUGAAGGCGCAAUGCAGCAGAAAGACUUUAUGCCUCUUCAUGAUCCAUUUUCAGGGAAGGCGCAAACCACCAUGAGCCCACCAACCAACAAAACAAGGAGUAAAGCAUUCGAGGCGAUCCAAAAUAUGGCACGUCGUCGCACAUUAACAAGUCCACCGGAUCUUCAAAAGUCUGACUGGGUUGUGGAGGGGGAUUCGAGCCAUAGUAUGGAUAAGGAUGUCAGGGGAGGAACGAGAAAGGAGCCACGUCACGCCCACGUAACUGACAGCUAUAAACACGACCGGGUAUUAGAUGACACAUAUUUUGAUGAAAACCAUCCGGAUGCGGGGUCAUUUUUGAGUAGCCGCAGCUCAGAAAUCAACAUGGGGUCCAUAAUCGGAAAGUCGAGAGGAGAAAAGUCUGUAAGCAGUGGCAACCACGAACAUCAAAACCACCGUCUAUCGCCAAGAACCAGACGACGAGUACGGUCAUCAAAGGCGUCUUGUACUGGAGCUAGACAGACAGAGAAGAUAUUCAAGCAUUUAGAGAGGAAUGAAACUCGACGACUCUCCCAUGAUUCCUUUGUUCCAGCUGCACCCGAACCAUUGCCACUCGAGCGGCCGCACAGAACUCGAAAUCACUAUGAAGUCGAAGACGACAACUUCGUUCCAGCUGCGCCAGAACCAUUGCCGCUAAAAGAGGAGAGUAAGAAGCACAGCUCUCGGGUAGAACGUCAAAGGAUUUUGGAUGAGGAAAUGGACAUGCAGGCACGGCGUGCCUCAGGGAGACGGAGACGAGUUGAGAGAAAAGCAGAAGCGGACCAAUCAACCACGGAAAGACCAACAAACAAGUCUCCAAAAGAAGACCGCAAGAGAUCUGAGGUAAUACAUGAAAGAGAAAGAGGUCCAUCAGAGAAUGUAUUACGGAGAAGAGCAGAGAGAGUCCAAGAGGGCAAGGCAAGAGACUACAAUGUUACUGAAAGGACAAAGUACUGGGGCCAGUAG